AUGAACUUUAAAAGAAGUAGUUUAGUUAUGUCAUCAUUCACUACUGCUAUGAUAUGUACUACAUGUUCUGGACUUGCAACUGCAGUAGGUGGUAUUGUUGUUUAUUUAUUUGGAGAACCUGAUUAUAAAAAGUUAGGAAAAAUGUUAAGUUUCAGUGCAGGUGUGAUGAUUUAUGUCUCAUUCGUAGAUAUUUUACAAGGAGCAAUAAAUACAAUAGGAUUUUCAAUACCAAACAUAGCGUUUUUUAUUGGAAUGAUAUUAUUUGUUUUAUUAGAGAAGUCUAUUCCUGAACCUGAUUUAUCUCGUUUUUUUCCUAAACCAAAAACUGAAACUGAUGAACAACAACAAAUAAGAAAAGAAAGAGAAGAUAUUCUUAUGUUAGGUAUUAAAACUGCUUUUAGUAUUUGUCUUCAUAAUUUCCCUGAAGGGAUUGCUGUUUAUAUGGCAUGUUUACAUGGUAUUGAAUCUGGAUUACCAUUAAUGUUAGUAAUUGCUGGACAUAAUAUUCCAGAAGGAUUAGCUGUUGCUGCUCCAGUCUAUUCUUCUACUGGAAGUAAAUGGGAAGCAUUUAAAUGGGCUUUAAUAUCUGGGAUAUGUGAACCAUUUGGAGCAUUAACUGUUGGAGCAUUAUUCUAUCCAUUUUUAACACCUUCAGCUAUAGAAAUAUGUCUUUGUGGAGUUAGUGGAAUUAUGGUAUUUAUGAGUAUUUUGGAAUUAAUUCCUUCUUCAUUAAAGUACAUAUCACCAGAAUCUUCAGCACGGUACUUUUCAUUUGGUAUGGCGUUCAUGGCAUUUGGACUUUAUUUUAUGAGACUUUAUUCUCUCUAA